AUGCAAGUUAAGGACUUUCAAAAUAGGAAGAGGAACUUUUCUAGUCGUAGUUUUGGACAGACUAGUAAGGGUCCACAGCCUUCCAAACUUGGGAGAGGAAUGGGAGGAAUAAGGACUAUUGGAGCUUCUAGAGGAGCUUUAUCCAGAGGAGAUCGUAGUGGACCUAUUCAAGUUAGCGGAGUGCCUUCUAGUGGUUCAGCCGUGACUCCUCAAGUCACUUGUAGGUACUGCGGAAAACCCAACCACUCUGAAAACGAUUGUUGGAGGAAGUUUGGAAAGUGUUUGGCUUGUGGUAGUACCGAGCACCAACUCGCGACUUGUCCAAAUAAGCUGAAGGUAGGAGGUAGCACCCAAAGACCCAAAAAGUCAACCUCUAAACAGACCAGUGUUGGGGGAAGCCAACCAAAGGUACCUGCUAGGGUUUAUACACUGGAUCAUCAACAGAUACCUGAUGCGACUGAGGUAGUUGAAGGUACGAUUCCUGUCUUCCACCGUUUGGCUAAGAUUUUAAUUGAUCCGGGUGCGAUACAUUCUUUUGUAAACCUUAAUUUCAUGGACAGAAUAGACUUGAAACCAAUUAAGUUGCCUUAUGAUUUGGAGGUUGGAACGCCUACUGGGGACCAAAGUCCAAUUGCCAAUUUGGUAUAUAGAAAUUGUGAUAUCUGGGUUGGAGAAUGUAAAUUACUGGCCGAUUUGAUAGGAUUAACAAUUAAGGGGUAUGAUGUGAUUCUAGGAAUGGACUGGUUAGCCCGUUACAAUACCUAG